AUGCCGUUGUCAGGCUCUGCAUCGGCUUUGCCGUCCUUUCGGAAGCAGCAUCUCCUUGUCGAGUUCUCGCGCCUUCGCUAUGCCCAACUUGAUGGCGUUUUCCUGAGCAUCACGCCUGGCGACCCAUCACUGUGGGUCGGUGUGAUCUUCGUGCGAAAAGGACCAUAUGCGCCUGCAGUCUUACGCUUCCAAAUCUCCUUCCCACCAAGCUAUCCCGCCAUACCCCCCCUAGUGACCUUUUCCACCGAUGUCUUUCACCCCUUGCUCACGCCGCUUACCACGUAUACGUACACGACUGGAUCUGCCGAGUCGGAUACCGUAAGUGCCACGGAUGAGGAGCGCUUGCCGCCGGGUGGAUUCAGUCUGCGACACGGCUUCCCACACUGGUUUGGACGAACUCGAUCCUCUGUGCCUGAUUCUCGUCACCCCAGUGGCUCUGCCUUGGCCAGUCCCACACGUUCCGACUUCAAUGUCACCUCGGGUGCUCCUGGUGCGGCCCGCUCGACAGAGGAAAUCUCCAUUGUGCGCAUGAUAGAGUACAUACGUUCCACCUUCAGUAAUGAGUCAAUCUUGGACUCGCUUCCGCUCGAUGCCGCUGCCAAUCCAGGAGCCUAUCACGCGUGGCGGGCCCAUCGUGCUCCUGUUCUGCGAGCUCAGCAAUCUCCACCCACAGAGCCUAGCCCUGAGCUGCCGGUAAGUGACAAGUCAGAAAGUAGCAAUGCGCUAGGCCCAAACAGGCGCCCUGGAGAAUGGAAUUGGGAGGGUGUAUGGGAGGAGCGUGUGAGAAAAGCAGUCAAGGCGAGUCUCUCUGAGCCUGUGCUUUUUGGCACAGGCGCUGGAGAAGACAUUAUUCGCUUCCGUGAAGCAGACGAGGAAAUGCAGGAGAAAAUGAAGAUGCACCUAGAGAUGGCUGCCGCUCGUACUGCUGAAGUAUAA